AUGACUCAACAGAAGGUUGAUCAGGAUCCUCGAGUUAUCACCAGUAUGUUACUUGUCUGUAAUACUUGGGCUAGAGUUUUAAUUGAUCGGGGUGCUACACAGUCUUUUGUUUCUUCAUCUUUUGCUCGGGUUAUACCUUCUCAACCUCAGCCACUAGUUUUUGAUAUGCUAAUUCAAAUGAUAAGUGGUGAAUUGUUUUGUGCUCAAUGGCAAUAUCGGAAUUGUCCAGUUAUUGUUGAAGGGGAAAACUUAGAGAUUGACUUAAUUCCUUUCAAACUGGCGGAGUUUGAUGUCAUUCUGGGAAUGGAUUGGUUAUCUAAGCACCAAGAGAAUGUUGCAUGUUGGGAGAAAAUUAUGACGUUCAAUCGACCAGGACUUCCAUCAGUUACAUUUAUGGGUGAACGACGUGUCCUCCCCAAUAGUAUUAUUUCUGCCAUUCGAGCAACUAGGUUGUUGAAUAAGGGUUGUGUAGGGCUUUUAGCCCACGUAGUUGUGAAUGAUGAACCUUCUUUACAUCCAGAAGAGGUGCCAGUUGUAAGGAACUUCAUCGAUGUGUUUCCUGAUGAUUUACUGGGGUUGCCACUUGCGAGGGCAAUUGAGUUUACUAUCGAUUUACUCCCAGGUACAAAUUCUAUUUCCUUGGCACCUUAUCGAAUGGCGCCAGCGGAGUUGAAAGAAUUGAAGAUCCAACUCCAGGAAUUGGUAGACAAAGGUUACAUCCAGCCGAGUACAUCCUCGUGGGGAGCUCCUAUUCUUUUUAUUAGAAAGAAGGAUAGAUCAAUGAGCCUUUGUAUCGAUUAUAGGCAACUGAAUCAGGUGAUGGUAUUUUCCAAAAUUGAUCUUCGAUCGGGUUACCAUCAAUUGAGGAUUUGCGAGGAUGAUGUCCCGAAAAUUGCUUUCCGUACGAGGUAUGGGCAUUAUGAAUUUCGUGUCAUGCCUUUCGGAUUAACAAAUGCACCUGCAACGUUCAUGAAUUUGAUGAACAGAGUCUUUAGACCAUAUCUGGUUUGGUUUGUGAUUGUGUUCAUUGAUGACAUUCUAGUUUAUUUUAGAAGUGUUAAUAAGCACAAGAAGCAUUUGAGACUAAUGCUAGAACAGCUAAGGGAUAACCAGCUUUAUGCCAAGUUCAGUAAGUGCCAGUUUUGGUUAACUCAGUUUAUGUGGGAUGAAAAUUGUGAACAAAGUUUUCAGGAGCUUAAGCGACGUCUCACUCAGGCCCCUGUUCUUGCUCUUCUAGAUUACAGUGGUGAAUUUGAGGUGUAUACUGAUGCUUCUCUAUCAGAUUUUGGGUGUGUACUGAUGCAACAUGGAAAAGUUAUCGCCUAUGCUUCCAGACAACUCAUAACCCAUGAAAGAAAUUAUCCUACUCAUGAUUUAGAGUUAGGAGCAGAGAUGAAUUUGAGACAAAGAAUGUGGAUGGAGCUUAUCAGUGAUUAUGACUGUUCGAUCGAGUACCAUCCUGGGCAUGCUAAUGCCAUGACUGAUGCUCUUAGUCAGAAACAUCACGAGCAGCUUGCAUCACUUCAAGCUGUACACGUUCCAUUACUAUUUUCUCUUCGGGAAACUGGUGUUAAUUUGGAACCAGACAUGGUCAGAGAAGCUCAGGAACUUGAUCCGGAAUGCGCCGAAUUAAAGGAACAAGUGUUGAACGGGGAGAAUGAGAAAUUUGUCAUCCGUAAGGACGGAGCGUUAUUGAAAAGGAACCGUUUGUUCGUGCCUAAAGAUAAUGAAGCUGUUAAAAAAGAAAUUUUGGAUGAGGCUCAUACUUCAGCUUAUGCUAUGCAUCCAGGAAGUACUAAAUUGUAUUGGACCAUUUAUCCUUUCUAUUACUGGGAAGGGAUGAAACAGGACGUAGCAAAGUAUGUGAGUAGAUGUUUAAUCUGUCAACAAGUUAAAACAGACAAACAAAGACCUGGGGGACUAUGCAGAAUCUUUCAAUACCACUUUGGACUGCCUAGAACACCGUCAAGCACUGCUUAUCAUCCACAAACUGAUGGUCAGUCCGAGCAGACGAUUCAGACUUUAGAGGACAUGUUGAGAAUGUCGGUGUUACAGUGGAAAGGUCGACACGGCCGCAACGGUUGCAGCCAAAAAGAAGCCUCAUCCUCCAAAGAAGGCUGCAACUGUUCAAGCUCUCGUGACCUGUCCUACUCCAGUGGCAGCCACUACUGUGCCAGUCACACCGCAAACGGCCUUGCCCAGAGACAGGAAUGGCUAGUAACAUUGCCCCACCCUAAAAAUGCAUCAAAAAGAAGGCAAAGAAAGGGGGAGCGAGAGAUUCUUAUGAUCUCAAGUCAAACCACUGGAGCAACUGCUCAUAUCAUUUCUCACCCUCCUUCUGUCAUCAACGCUUCGGCGAGAGGACUGCAAAAUCCUCCCUUGGAUCAUGCGACUAAAGUUCACCUCACUUUUCCAGCCAUGAUCGAACUAGUUGUCACUCUAUUGGUCGAGGGUCCUGCAGCUCCGGGGCCAGCCAAUUCUCCUGUUAUCGGUCCAAUAGUUACUACCAUGCGGGAUGCGACCACUCUAGCCGAGAAAUGCCUUCCCCCAAAUCCAAAAAAGAAAUCAAUAAUCGUUGUGGAAGAAGAAUUACGACCAUUUUGUUAG